CUUGCAACAAGUGGUGCUAGUUGAGGCGUCUUCUUUAGUCCCUAACCACGACUUGUUCACGCAGGCUUCCCAUCCCCUGUCGACGAACAACAUACCUCGCUCCUCCCCUCCUUCGCGAGCAGGUUCUUUACUGCGUUGUACUUGUACUAUAUACCCUCGUCACUCAAUAGGCGCCCAACUAGCUAUAAGCGAGAUGCUUCCCCUCCCGACCAACAUGCCCUCACCCAAGGAUCAAAGGACGAAGUCACCCACCUAUUCGCAUUUGCUCUAUCUCUCCGAGACCGACCGACAAAUCUUUACAACCGUCACUUCCUCAUCCUCCUUCAGAUCAUCGCGUUCAGUGCACUCAUAUCAAACCGAUACAACAGCAGUCUCGGCCUCCACUCCAGGCACGUCGAGAAUGAGUAUACAGAGACCCCGCUUUGCCGACGACCAUUACCCCCUCAUUACCACCAUUCAUCCCGAAACCGUGCCAGACUAUGUGCCGAUAAACCAUGCCGCACUGUGGUGUGCGCGACAGAUGGCCCAGAUCCACAACAUAAUGAUCCGUGCUCUGAACUCUGCCUGGAACCAUGCCGUUGGUAUCCAACCUUCCACCCGAGAGGCUGAGGACUUUCUUUUCUUCAACCAACAGAUCUGUUCCACGUUGGAGCACCAUCACAGAACCGAGGAUGAGUAUUUCUUCCCCACGCUCGAAGCAAUCCUCGGAAGGCCUAGUGCCAUCGAGAAAAUCGCAAAGGCCCAUGAAUCCUUCGCCGAGGGACUCGCCAUCUAUCAGAAAUAUGUCUUCCUUACAAAGGCAUCAGAGUACAAUGGCGUAACCCUGAAGCACAUCAUCGAAGCCUUCGCUCCAGACUUGAUCCAGCAUCUCCAUGACGAGAUCCCGGCCCUCGUGGCCUUGCAUGUACUGGACUCCAAGACUGUCAUGAAGGUGUGGAAGAGUUCCGAACAACUCCCUGCAAGAUACUCGGACGUGUAUGUUCUUGCCCCGUGGAUGCUGGGCUGCCAGGACAAAUCGUUCACCAUCGACGGGCACAAAGCCGAUUUCCCUGAGAUGCCUUGGGUUGUUGAGUUCGUGGCAAAGGGUUGGUUUGCUAGGCGGCAUGCGGGUGCGUGGAGGUUUUGCCCGAGUGAUUUGAACGGUCGAAGGAGACAAAUCUAUGUCUGAUUUACUGCCGGGAUCAAGCAUCGGCAAUCAAGGAUCGCAACUCAUGAUUUAUGACCAAUCGCGUUAUUGAUUUCUUGUUUCAUUGUCUCUUUGAUUGAAGCGUUCAAGCAGGUAUUGUUCAGUCAGUCGGCCGGCCAAUGGCUAUCUCGUGUAUUGUUCAACGUGCAAAAGGGAACAUUAAUUGAGGAGAGGAGCAGGAUGGGAUUUGGGAUUGUACGAUAUUAUCUUCUGCCACCCGGCAUCGCCUUUAGCGUUAUCACUUUGUGAAUAGUUUUCCCCAUAAUAAUGAGCAGUUGAUCUAUAUUGUUA